AUGCUGUGCGUGGCUGUGAGCGAGGCUAGUGCCGCUACCCGCGCUGGACCUGCAAUGUCUCCCAACCCCCUCCCCAUCCCUCGCCCGCUUCGCCCCGUACCACCGCGCCCCGCGCAGCGAGGGCUCCCAAAGCGUGACACGUGCAACGCCUGGUUGCAGCCGUACUCGCGUGGGCUGGCCAGCUCGAUGCUGUGCGUGGCUGUGGCGCUGGGGCGGCUGCUGUGGACGGCGUGCGGCCACCAGGGGCUGUGGUGGGCGGGGCUGGUGCCGCUGCCCGUGCUGGCCGUGCAAUGGCUGCUGCGCCGCUACAUGCCCGAGACGCCGGACUUCCUGGAGAACGUGGGUCGCCCCAGCGAAGCCGUUGACGUGCGCAGGCAGCUGCACGGCGCGCAAUCGGAGAGCGCGCCGGGGACGUGGCGGAUGGAGCGCCUCAUGUCCCCGGAGCCGAGGACGAGGCGAGGCGAGGGCGAGGCCGAGGCCGGGGGCGCCCGCGGCGCCAACGCCGCCAAGGGCCGCGCCGCGCGCGCGCCGCGCGACUACGUGGAGCUGGUGCGGCUGAAGCGCCGCCUGCAGGCCGCCGCGCGCCGCCGCCAGCAGCAGAGCCGCCGCCGCGCCAUCGCCGUCUCCGCCGGCCUCUUCGUGCUCGCGCCCCUCGCCGCCACAGACGUGCUGCGCUUCUACGUGGAGGAGUAUAUACACAAGAUUGGUGAAUCUGAAAUUAGCAUGGCAGCUGUAAUUGGAAUAAUGGAAGUCACUGCAAUGCUAUUGUCUGCUGGAUUUGUUGAUUGCAUGGGUCGCCGUGCACUACUCUUUAUCUCUACUUUAGGAUUGGCAAUAAUUCAUUCUGGAUUAUCAGUAAUUGCUGGCCAUGAGAGAAAUUCUUCCCCAUGGCUAUUUAUUUUCCUUUCAGGUUUAUUUUUUGCAUAUGAUAUAGGCCUUGGUUCUGUACCAUGGGUUGUUUUAAGUGACAUGUUACCAGCAAAUGGGAGAGCACAUUUAAGUGGGAUAAUUGUCCUCCUCCAUUCAUCUGUAAUUUCUGGUUUAAUUUACCUCUUUCCCAUUUUUCAUUCAAAUGUAGGAGAUAAAUGGACCUUCAUAAGUUUGGUAUUUAUAUCCUUGGCUAACAACGUUUACGUAGGUCACUUGCUCAAAGAAACAAAAAAGAGAACACUGGAAGAAAUAGAGAAAGAGCUGGAAAAAGUUGAAUCUUCAAGUGAAAGCUCAGAGGAUUCAGAAAUAGAGUGGUCAUAA